ACUUCUCGACUUUCGAGUCAUAGUGAAACUUUACCUUCUUAAGGUUUAAUCAUAAACUUAUGGAACAAAAGUUCCUCCCUGUACGGACAGGUCUGGCUUCUUCGCAAGGUCUUGUCCAAGUCUUUCAACUUCCGAUUUCAGAGCUGAGGACGACAACAAGGAAAACGAUACGAAGAAGCUGAAGCUGAAGAUGGGCUUCGUGGGUCUUGUUGAAUUUGCCCUUCAAUGCUUUGAUGUUCUUGGAUGGCCUCCACUUGCUCUGCUGUAUCCUCUAUGUUGUACGAUUAGGGCGAUUGAGGCCAAUUCUAUUUCAGAUUCUCAGAGGUUGAAUGCUUAUUGGGUUGUCUUCUCAUUGAUUUUGCUCUUUGAACAUGCAUUUAUGAAGUUCCUUGAAUGGCUCCCACUGUGGCCGCACAUUAGGCUAAUGAUUGUCUUCUGGUUGCUGAUACCUCAUUAUGGUGGUGCAUUUUAUGUCUAUAACCACCUUAUCCGUCCAUGCCUCUCCAUGGACCUACAAAUUGUUAUCAACUGGUUCAACAAGCGGAAGAAAUCCUCGUUUGACAGAGACAAUUUUCUUGCCGAGGUGGAGAGAUAUGUAAAGGAGAAUGGACCUGAAGCUCUGGAAAAUAUUGUUGCUUCCACAUCUGAGAAAACAAAGUCAAGUCCCGAUGCGAAAGAGUUCAAAGCAGUUUCUCUGGAUAAUAAAGAGAAGACACCUUUUGAAGGUGCUUAUGGACUUAAGCCUCAAAAUGUUCUUGACUUAGUUCCACUUCCAGAAGAGAUGAAGAUGAGUGAUGAUGGAGAGGGUUUGGCGGACCAAGUGAAAAGAGUGCAUGAAGAAGUGAGGGCAGUUAUAAAGGCUAGUAAUGAGUCGUCUGCAGCCGCUGCCAAUCAACACCGAAGAGUCAAAGAUUUUGAAGAAGGUGACAUGGUUUGGGUGCAUUUGAAGAAGGAAAGAUUUCCCAAAGGCACAUACCAUAAAUUGAAGUCCAAGAUGUUAGGGCCAUAUAAGGUGUUGAAGAAAAUGAGCUCAUUAGCUUACAUGAUAGAGCUGCCACCGGAUCUCCAGAUUAGCCCAUAUUUCAACUUGUCUGAUUUGUAUUUGUUUGAGGGAUUUGAUGAAGAAACAAUUUCAAUGGAGGCACAAAUCCAGCAACUUCCAAAGGCACAAAUAGAUAUUGUUGAGGAUGUGUUGGAUGUCAAAGUGGUGACGUCAAGGAAGGGUAACCAGUAUAGGCGGUUCUUAGUGAAAUGGUUGGGUAAGAAUGCUACUGAGAAUACUUGGAUUGCUGAAUAUGAUUUAAGGAGGAUUUUUUCAGAGAGAUAUGCUGAAGUUGUUAAAGCUUUCUCGCCAGAGUCGACUUCUUCCCAACCUGGUGGAGUUGAUGCAGGAGCAUCUGUUCGUUAGCCAAGUCAUUUCAACACACGCAGAAAACCCACAACCACAAAAGCUUUGGAAAAUAAAAAUGCCUAGUGAAUUUUAGAGCAAUCUCAAACUACAUGGCAGAGCUUGAUGAGAUAUAAAAUAGAGAAGAUCCAAAGAACAUGAGACCCAUGGAUAUGAUAAAGUAUUUUCUUUUUUUGGCCAAGCCUUCAAGGAAAAAGACUAUGUCGUUUGUUGAUGCAAAAUCUAA